AUGGUGAAGGUCAGUGUGAACAGAUUUGGCCGUAUUGGGCGCCUGGUCAUCAGGACUGCCAUCUUCUCUCCACAUGGCAAAGUGGAGGUUGUUGCCAUCAACAACCCCUUCAUUGACCUCAACUACAUGGUCUACAUGCUCCAGUAUGACUCCACCCAUGGCAAAUUCAAUGGAACAGUCAAGGCCAAGAAUGGGAAGCUUGUGUCUGAGGGCCCACUGAAGGGCAUCUUGGGCUACACUGCGGACCAGGUUUUCUCCUGCGACUUCAUCAGGAACUCCCACUCUUCCACCUUCAAUGCCAGGGCUGGCAUUGAUCAAAAUGUAACCUUUGUCAAGCUCAUUUCCUGGUAUAACAAUGAAUAUGGCUACAGCAACAGGGUCGUGGACCUCAUGUCCUACAUGGCCUCCAAGGAAUAA